GCCUAUGGCAUGUCAGCCUUACCUUUAAAUCUGAUAAAAGGCACAAGAAGCACUGCUUAUGAACGUUUAGAAAACACUGAAGACAUUGAAGAAGUAGAGCAACACAUUAAAACGAUUAAAUCAAAAAACAAAGAUGGUCGACCUUUGCCAGCGAGGGACAAGCGUGCCUUAAAACAAUUUGAAGAAAGAUUACGAACACUUAGGAAAAGAGAGAGGCACUUAGAAUUCAUUGAAAACAGCUGGUGGACAAAAUUUUGUGGUGCUCUGCGUCCCCUGAAGAUCAUUUGGGGAAUAUUUUUCAUCUUAGUUGCAUGGCUGUUUGUAAUUUCUCUCUUCCUGUCAAAUUUAGAUAAAGCUCUUCAUUCAGCUGGAAUAGACUCUGGUUUUAUAAUUUUUGGAGCUAACCUUAGUAAUCCACUGAAUAUGCUUUUGCCUUUACUACAAACAGUUUUUCCUCUGGAUUAUAUUCUUAUUACAAUUAUUAUUAUGUACUUUAUUUUUACUUCAAUGGCAGGAAUUCGAAAUAUUGGCAUAUGGUUCUUUUGGAUUAGAUUAUAUAAAAUCAGAAGAGGUAGAACCAGGCCCCAAGCACUCUUAUUUCUCUGCAUGAUACUUCUGCUUAUUGUCCUUCACACUAGCUACAUGAUUUAUAGUCUUGCUCCCCAGUAUGUUAUGUAUGGAAGCCAAAAUUACUUAAUAGAGAGCAAUAUAACUUAUGAUGACCAAAAAGGCAAUUCAACCCUUUCUGUGCCAAAGAGAUGUGAUGCAGAUGCCCCUGAAGAUCAGUGUACUGUUACUCGGACAUACCUGUUUCUUCACAAAUUCUGGUUCUUCAGUGCUGCAUACUAUUUUGGUAACUGGGCCUUUCUUGGGGUAUUCUUGAUUGGAUUAAUUAUAUCCUGUUGUAAAGGGAAGAAAUCAGUCAUUGAAGGAGUGGAAGAAGAUUCAGACAUAAGUGAUGAUGAGCCCUCUGUAUAUUCCGUUUGACAGCCUUCUGUCUUAAAGAUUUUAUAAAGCUGACUGAAUAUCUGUUAUGCAUUUUUAAACUAUUAAACUGGUAUUAGGACAAACUAACUAGCUUUCAUCAAAAAUGGGAGCAUGGCUAUUAAACGAAACUAUAUUUUUUAUGUUUCCUGAAGUAACAUUAUUGUAUCAUAGAUUAACAUUUAAAAUUGCUAUAAUAACACUGUGUAAAUAUAAAACUACUGGCUUUGUGAGGGAACGUUUGUGGAAAUUUUUUUUCUCUAAUGUAUAAUAGUGUUAGAAAUCUUCCAGAAUUAAUAUUAUUUUUGUUGCUUUUAAAAAUGAUAAUAAAUCAUUUGUAUCUGUGCCUUGGGUUUUCCAAAGUAAUGUGGGAUUUUAAAGUAUCUAUAUCUGAUUGUCUAAAAAUAAUAUUCAAGUAUAGCUGAUGAAUAAAUGUUACUCCUAUAUG